CGCCGCUGCUGCAGGUCAUCCCGCAGCCGCCCCCGGUCGCCGCCGCUGCCGCCGCAUGCCUUCCCCGGCCGCCCGCCGCCGCCGCCGGCCCCGGUCGCCGCCGUCGACCCUGCGCAGGCCGCGGCUGCUGUCAUCCGCCAUCCCCUCCUCGGCUCCUCUCCGUGCUCUGCGCCGGGCCGCCGGCCACCUCUGCCGUGCUGUCGUGCCCCUGGGCACGGCACGGCACGCCGGCGCCCUCAUAGGGCCGUGCCCGGGCCGGGAUGCCGGCACGGCGGCACUACGCGGCACGGCACGGCAGCGCCGCCGUGCCCCGCCGGGCCGUGCCUCGCCGUGCCGUGCCUCGCCGUGCUAGGGCCGUGCCGUGCCCGGGCGGCCCGUUUGGCCAUGUAUAGCGAGCAGAAACAGAGAGCCCAAAUCCCCGGCUGCGGAUCUCCCUCCACCUCCACCCCACGCACUCUCCCGCACGCGUCGGCAGGCACGGCCGGUCCAUGUAGCCCCGCGCCCGGGCACGGAGCAGGAGCCACCGCGCGCGACCCCGCGGCUUGUCGGGACAUGGGGGCGGACGCCGGCGAGCCCAGCUCCAUCCUCAGCUUAGCUGCAGCCUUUUCCUAUGGAGUCGCGUCUAUGGCAAUGGUUUUCGUGAACAAAGCAGUUCUUAUGCAGUAUGUUCACUCCAUGACCCUGCUCACUUUACAGCAAAUAGCCACGGCACUCUUGAUACAUUUUGGUCAAGUUCUAGGAAUGUCUAAACGAAAAGAUUUCAACUUGAUAACGGCAAAGAAGCUUCUUCCGGUGUCAAUUUUCUACAAUGCAAAUGUGGGAUUUGCUCUUGCAAGCUUGAAAGGAGUUAACAUUCCUAUGUAUAUUGCAAUCAAGAGGAUCACUCCCCUUGCCGUGUUAGUGAGUGGGUGCAUACGGGGAAAGGGAAAGCCACCAACGCAGGUCACUCUUUCAGUUAUCUGCACCGCAGCAGGUGUCCUUAUUGCAGCUCUUGGAGAUUUUUCCUUUGACCUAUAUGGAUACUGCAUGGCUCUAACAUCAGUCUUCUUCCAGACAAUGUAUUUGGUUCUGGUGGAGAAAUCAGGUGCUGAGGAUGGUCUUUCUUCAGUGGAUUUGAUGUUUUACAACAGUAUAUUGUCACUUCCAUUUUUGUUUUUCCUUAUCAUAGCAACAGGAGAAUUCCCACAUUCUCUUGCAGUAUUAUCUGCAAAGACAGCUUCUCUGUCAUUCAGUGUUAUUCUUGUCAUUUCUCUGGUGAUGGGAAUCGUUCUCAAUUUCACCAUGUUUUGGUGCACGAUCGUGAAUUCUGCCCUGACAACAACAAUAGUAGGAGUUCUCAAGGGUGUCGGGUCUACGACCCUGGGUUUUAUUCUGUUGGGAGGUGUGGAAGUACACGCUCUUAAUGUUACUGGACUGGUGAUCAACACAUUUGGAGGUGUCUGGUACUCCUAUGCCAAAUACAAGCAGAAAAAGAAAACACCACGAAAGCUGGUACCAGAUGUAGAGUCACACGCCCACAAGUAGCGCUAGAUUCAGUAACUUUAUAAUUGUACCUUAUUUUUGAACUGAUAACUACUGGAACACCAGUUUAUGUCCAAUUUUCUUGGGCUUGGUUCUCCACCAGCAAAUAGUUGGUGCAAGGGAAUAGAUGAGGUAGUUUCUUUAGUCUAUUUUUAGUGUAAAGUCCAUUUUUAUCUUUAAAUUAUUGCAAAAGUCUGAUUUGGCCGGUUA